CGUGUGUGUGUGUGUGUGUGUGAGAGAGCGAGAAAGAGAGAGAGGCUAGCUUUUUUGUCUUUCAGCUCCUUCCCUGUUUCCCCUCUCUUCCAGCGAACGGAGCAGAGCGGGACUGAGAGAGGAGAGAGAGAGACACGGAGGAGAGCAGAACACAUCGCAGCAACUUCACAAAGAGAAGGGAGACAGAGAAGGAGAGUUCCCUUUGCAGGACUGAACGUUGGACUGAUCGUUCCUAAACUGAAGAGGAAACCAAGGCAACAAUAAUAGAGAAGAGGAAGAAAAAAAAGAAAUUCUUAAUUAUUUUGGAAAUCUUUCUAGAAUUGAGUUUCAGUUUGUUUCCAAAAAUUAAACAAAAAACGAAAACACUUCCUCCUGUUCAAGUCUGAAGCAGUUGUAGAGGACAUACAUUGUAGGAUUUGCUGACUGAGUCAAGACACGAACAGACAAGGAGAGAGAAAUCCAGUGGAGUGAUCCAGGCUAGAGGCUGCAGGCGAGCUAACCAUGCCCAGAAGAGGAGGCUGUUUUGGGGCAGCAGGCGUGGGAAGGCUGGCUGUACUGCUGGUUCUCAGUGCCCUGCUGGUGGGCUGUGCCCAGGGGUGCCCUGCCCUCUGCACCUGCAGUGGGACCACCGUGGACUGUCAUGGACUGGGCAUCAAGACCAUGCCACGGAAUAUACCUCGCAACACGGAGAGACUGGACCUGAGUGAGAACAUGAUCCAGUCCAUCCCCAGGAAGGCCUUCAGAGGAGCCACUGAUAUCAAGAAUCUUCAGCUGGAUAAGAAUCACAUCAGCUGUGUUGAAGAUGGGGCCUUCAGGGCUCUCAGGAGUCUGGAAGUGCUGACUUUGAACAACAACAACAUCAGCAGCAUCCCAGUCUCCAGCUUCAACCACAUGCCCAAGCUACGUACCUUCCGGCUUCACUCCAACAACCUGAACUGUGAUUGUCAUCUUUCCUGGUUGGCUCAGUGGCUCCGACAGAGGCCUACGAUUGGUCUGUUCACCCAGUGCACCGCCCCCCUCCCCCUCCGGGGGCUCAACGUGGCCGAGAUACAGAAGCAUGAGUUCACCUGCUCUGGCCACUCAGAGAGCUCCGCCCCGCAGCCCUGCAGUUUAGGGGGGGGGUCGUGUCCCGCCAUGUGCACCUGCAGCAACAACAUCGUGGACUGCCGAGGGAAGGGGCUCACCGCCAUCCCGGCCAACCUCCCUGACACCAUGGCAGAGAUACGUCUGGAGCAGAAUGGCAUCAAGUCAGUUCCUCCAGGAGCCUUCUCUCCGUACAAGAAGCUCCGCAGGAUAGACCUCAGUAACAACCAGAUUUCAGAGAUCGCUCCAGAUGCCUUCCAGGGCCUGCGCACCCUCAACUCUCUGGUGCUUUAUGGUAAUAAGAUCACAGAGCUGCCAAAAGGAGUGUUCGAUGGUCUCUAUGCCCUACAGCUGUUGUUGCUGAAUGCCAAUAAGAUCCACUGUGUGCGUGCCAACGCCUUCCAGGACCUCCAGAACCUGUCUCUGCUGUCACUCUACGACAACAAGAUUCAGACUGUGGCCAAGGGCACCUUCACUGCCCUCAGGGCCAUCCAGACCCUACACUUGGCCCAGAACCCGUUCAUCUGUGACUGUAACCUGAAGUGGCUGGCAGACUACCUGCGCUCCAACCCCAUAGAGACCAGCGGAGCGCGCUGUGCCAGCCCCCGCAGGCUGGCCAACAAACGCAUCGGGCAGAUCAAGAGCAAGAAGUUCCGCUGCUCUGCUAAAGAGCAGUACUUCAUCCCAGGCACCGAGGACACGCGUCUGAAUAAUGAGUGUAACAGUGACCCGGUGUGUCCGGCUAAGUGUCGCUGUGAGGCCAACGUGGUGGACUGCUCCAACCUGAAGCUCACCAAGGUCCCAGAACACAUCCCUGCCUCCACCACUGAGCUGCGUCUCAACAACAAUGACCUCACCACCCUGGAGGCCACUGGAGUGUUCAAGAACCUGGUCCAGCUGAAGAAGAUUAACCUAAGCAACAACAAGAUCACAGAGAUCGAGGAUGGGGCUUUCGAAGGGGCGGGGUCUGUUAACGAGCUCCACCUCACAGCCAAUCAAGUUGAUUCGGUCCGCAGUGGGAUGUUCAAAGGCUUGGAGGGGCUGCGCAUGCUAAUGCUGAGGAACAAUCGCAUUAGCUGUAUCCAUAACAACAGCUUCACCGGUCUGCACAAUGUGCGCCUGCUGUCUCUCUAUGACAACCAGCUGACCACCAUCACCCCCGGAGCCUUCGAUACCCUGCAGACCCUGUCCACCCUAAACCUCCUGGCCAACUCCUUCAACUGUGACUGUCGUCUGGGCUGGCUUGGUGAUUGGCUGAGGAGCAGGAAGAUCGUCACGGGCAACCCUCGCUGCCAGCGGCCCGCCUUCCUGAAGGAGAUCCCCCUACAGGAUGUGGCGUUGCCGGACUUCCGCUGCGAGGAAGGUCAGGAGGAGUCCAGCUGUGUGCCUCGGCCCCAGUGUCCCAGCGAGUGCACCUGUCUGGAGACGGUGGUGCGCUGCAGUAACAAGCACCUGGGCGCGCUCCCCAAAGGCAUCCCCAGAAACGUGACCGAGCUAUAUCUGGAUGGAAACCAGUUCACUAUGGUGCCAAAGGAGCUGUCAACCUACAAAUACCUUCAGCUUGUGGACCUGAGCAACAACCAGAUCAACUCUCUCACCAACUCCUCCUUCGCCAACAUGAGUCAGCUGACCACCCUGAUCCUGAGUUAUAACUCCCUGCGCUGUAUCCCCAGUCUGGCCUUCAGUGGACUGCGCUCUCUCAGGCUGCUCUCUCUCCAUGGCAACGAUAUCUCGGAGCUUCCAGAUGGCAUCUUCAGUGACGUGGCCUCUCUGUCCCACCUGGCCAUCGGGGCCAACCCCCUGUACUGUGACUGCCGUCUGCGCUGGCUGUCUGACUGGGUGAAGAGCGGCUACAAGGAGCCAGGCAUCGCCCGCUGUGCCGGGCCCCUGGGCCUGGAAGGCAAACUGCUGCUCACCACGCCUGCCAAGAAGUUCGAGUGUCACGGGGACGUGGACAGCCUGGUCCUGGCUAAGUGUAACCCCUGCCUGUCCAGUCCGUGUUUGAACCAGGGCGUCUGCCACAGCGACCUGGCCACCAUCUUCAGGUGCAGCUGUCCUCCAGGAUUUAAGGGCAGGAGCUGUGAGACGGCGCUCAACGCCUGUGUAAGCAGCCCCUGUGCCAACGGGGGCACGUGUCAACUGAACGAGGACGAGGAGGGCAGCUUCAGCUGCUCCUGCCCCCUGGGCUUUGAAGGUCCUACCUGCCAGACGAACCUGGAUGACUGUGAGGACCACGACUGUGAGAAUGGAGGCAGCUGUCUGGAUGGAGUCAAUAACUACACCUGUCUGUGUGCCCCCUACUACACAGGGGAGAUGUGUGAGGAGAUGGAGGAUGUGUGUGCACCCGGACGGAGCCCCUGUCAACACCAGUCCACGUGUCUCAUCACCUCCACCGGGCCCAAGUGUGUGUGUUCCCCGGGCUACGUGGGGGACGACUGCAGCGUCGAUUAUGAUGACUGUGCGGAGCACCGCUGUCUGAAUGGAGCCCAGUGUGUCGACGAGCUCAACGGAUACUCAUGUUCCUGCCCUGAGGGCUACAGCGGCCAGCUGUGCGAGGCGUCCCCCUCUCCCCGGUCUCUGUGUGAGCUGGCAGACUGCCAGAACGACUCCCCCUGCGUGGAGCGAGGGGGGCGGGCGCUGUGCCAGUGUCUGCCCGGCUUUGGCGGGCCUCGCUGCGAGAAGCUCGUCAGCGUCAACUUUGUCGACCGAGACUCCUAUCUGCUCCUGUCGGACCUGAAGAACUGGCCCCAGGCCAACAUCACUCUGCAGGUGUCGACGGCAGAGGACAACGGCAUCCUGCUGUACAACGGCGACAACGACCACAUCGCCGUGGAGCUCCACCAAGGUCAUGUCAAGGUCAGCUACGACCCUGGGAGCCAGCCCGGCCACGCCAUCUACAGCACGGAGACCAUUAACGACGGGCAGUUUCACACAGUGGAGCUGGUGACCUUCGACCAGACGGUGAACCUGUCCAUUGACGGCGGCCUCCCCACCACCAUGGACAGCUUCGGCGCCGUGCGGCCCCUCAACCGCGAGGCGCCACUAUACGUGGGGGGUAUGCCGGUGGACGUCCACUCGGCCGCCUUCCGCAUGUGGCAGAUCCAGAAUGGCUCCAGUUUCCACGGCUGCAUCCAGAACCUGUACAUCAACAACGAGCUGCAAGACUUCACCAAGACCCAGAUGAAGCCGGGCGUGGUGCCGGGCUGUGAGCCUUGCCGCAAGAUCUACUGCCUGCACGGCAUCUGCCAACCGGACGGGGCGCAGGGACCCAUCUGCCACUGCCAGUCCGGCUGGAGCGGACCGCACUGCGACCAGCCUGCCAGCCAGCCUGCCAGCCCCUGCCAAGGCAGCAAGUGUGUCCACGGGAAGUGCAUCCCUCUGGACAGCCAGUCCUACAGGUGCGAGUGCGAGGACGGUUACCGCGGCGCCCUGUGCAACCAGCAGGGGGAGCUGUUCAACCCCUGCCACCGCCUCUCCUGCAAACACGGACGCUGUCAGAUCUCCGAGUCGGGCGACGCGUACUGCCACUGCGAGAGCGGCCACGCCGGGGAGCUCUGCGACGCCGAGUCUGAGUGUCGGGGAGAACCCGUGCGAGAUUUCUACCAGGUCCAGCGGGGCUACGCCAUCUGCCAGACCACCCGCAUGGUCUCCUGGGUGGAAUGUUCCGGCACCUGCGACACGGGCACCUGCUGCGCCAGCCAGCGAAUGAAGCGCCGGAAAUACACGUUUGAGUGCAGCGACGGCACCUCGUUCAGCGAGGAGGUGGAGAAGACCGUCAAGUGUGGCUGCGCAGGCUGCAUGUAGCGCGCCCCACGCAAACCUGCUGCUGCCACUGAAGCUGGAGAAGGAACGAGAGAGAGAGAGAGUGAACCGGAGGAAAGAAAGAUAAAAAGGAAGAGAGAGAGAGAAGAGAGUUUAAAAUAAAUAUAUAUAAAACCUCUAUAUACUAUGGACAACAAUGUUUGUAAAAUAGGACCUUUCCUCCCUAUCACCAUAUGCGUCCAUGUGUGUGACGUACAGUAACACAGAGAUAAACAACGACGACAUCAGCAACAACAACAUGGAGAGUUGACGACGACAGCAACCGCAGCGACGUUGUAUCUGCAACUUGGCUCCAAAGGGGUCCAGAUCUUUCCCAGGGUUGCGUUCAGAAGGAGGACCCCCUCCCUCCCUGCCUGCAUCGCGUAUUCUGUACCUGUGCUCCAUCUAGCCACAUCUCCACUUCCUGUGGCCCGUCAGAAAGAUGGUGGCAUCCAGUCUGGUGAGGUCUGACGGUGGAGAGAGGGAUGACGAGGAGAGAUGGGAGAUAGUUGGAGAGGAGGGUUGGGCCGGAUGGCUGGGUCAGGCUAGGUAGAUGAGUUGAGCUGGGAAGGAGCUAGGCUGGGCUACGAUUGGUGGUUAUUUGCUGGGUAAAGCUAAGCUUGGCUGGGGUCCCUUUGGCCAAACUGAAGCAGGCCAGGUUAGCCAAAAGUGGGUUUUGCUGGGCUGAACCAGACUUGGCUAAACAGGACUGUAGCUGGGUAGCCAUUGGCUAAAUUGACCUGGGUUGUUUUAUAGUUGUGGUGAACUCUACGCUUUCUCAAUAAAUACUUACACAUACUUAUCUGCUACAUACACACACAUACACACACUUGUCUGAUGUAACCACGGGAUGGUCAUGAUUGGCACAUAUGAGAGCAGAGAGAGGUCAGGGGGUGAGUGAUAAUGUGACCUGGUGUUGCAGGGCCCUGCUGAGGACUGAUGACCUUAUACACACUGCAUCAACUAGCAACAUAGAUGAAUAGUCAUCCGCAACUUCAAAUGUACAUGGUCACCUUACACAGGAUGCCAACUCAAACACCUGGUUGUACCAUUUGGCAGUUGCUAGGAUAGGCGCUUUCUACGGUUGUCGGGGAAGCUUUGUGAGGUCACGCCCAUCAUUCCCAGUAACACCCCCAUCUGAAGCGGGCAGUGCCCAGUGGUAAACAAUCCCAGCAUGCAUUGCCUCAGGGUUAGGAUGAUUUGCAUAGCCCCUCCUCCUUGUAGAGAGGGGCAUUUAGGCCCCUCCCCCUCGAUGCCUGCAGUAUUAAAACUUGAGCAAACUAUUGCAUGUGUGGAGAAGAGUUUGCUGAUGAAUAUGUAGAGCUUUUUAUCAUUAUUAUCAUCAUGUUUAUUACAAAACAAAAAUGUGCAGAAUUGUUUUUAUUUUUUGUUUUGUUUUUGUCUAGUUUCAAAUGUUUUUGCAUUAUGAUUUUAUUUUUGUUAUUAUUUGGUUUGUAAUCUGUAACUCCUUUAGCCCUCUCUUUAUACAGAAAUGCCUAACAGAUUCUAAUAUAUAUAUUUGUAUUUCAUUUUGGUAUAGUAUUUUUAUAUGUUAAAGAGUAAUCUGUGUUUUCUGGAAGCGUUGGAACAGUCAAAAUGGCAUUUGAUCAGUUCUUUAGCUGUCUCUGUUACUUUACUGUAUUUCACUCAACCAAACUAGUUUGUAAUUGGCCAAAACAAGAUAUCAAAAUGUUGGCCUUUGUUGUAUAGGAGGCAGUAUUGAUCUAGAAAAAUGUUUAAUAUUGUAUAUGUUGUCUUCCAUGUGAAUAUUACAUCUAAUUCAUUUGAGUCUGUGUGCUUUUCCGUUUUUACGAUUUUAUUUAUUUUAUCUUAAGGCUUUUUCUGUAGUAAUUAAAAUACAUACUUGUCGCUGAUUUUAGUCAAUGAUACAAAAAGAAACAUAAAAAAAACUAAAAUAAAAUAAAAAUAGUAAACAAAAAAAGCUGUAAGGUAUUUGUGACAUCGCUUAACCAGUUCCGUCAGUGUUCGUUUCUGACCUGCUCAGACACAUUCCUACUUGGCUGCAGGAGCCACUGAGCAUGGGGCUAAUAUUAAGAUGAGCAGGAGAAACUGAUUUCUUGAAACAGAAAUCCCCCCCCCCCCCCGCCCCCCCCCCCCCCCCCCCCCCCCCCCCCCCACCCACGCCAAGAACCACAUGGCUGAAAUAUAGAUAUACACACACCAAAUGUGGGGGUGGGUUCUGUUCAAGUGAUGCUUGUGCUAGUAGUGCUUAUGUAAUUCUAUUAAAAACAACAACAACAACAAAACUAUACAUUUGCUAUAUUUUGAGAAUUCUAUUGCUUUCAGGACACCUCCACCCAAAAAACAGUCAUGCUCAUUUGGAAACACACUAGAGGCAUAAAAGAUAUGAGGAAAAUAAACUGCGAGACAAGCCUAUAGUUUUACAAAACAGAGGUCCACCAAUCAGAUCUGCCCAAAACAGCUCUGUUGCUACCUGCAACUUUCUGACUGGGUAAACACUACGCUCAAGAGCUGUACAGGUGCCAUAAACAGAGAAUUAAAGUAAAUAACCUGAAUGUAUAAAUGUGUAUAGAUAAAUAUGCUCUGCGCUUAUUCAUGAAGUGGUAACUUAUAUAGCUGUUAUUUAGUAUAAAGAUGCCACAAUCCUUGUUGCUUGUUUUCUACAGUGCGAGGCCUGUAUUUUAAGUUGUGGUAUGGUUCUUCCUGCAUGCUUGGGUAACUGCUCUAGGGUCAGUCCAGUCCCCCCCCAUCCUUUCCCAUUAGGGUUUGAGAAGGAUGACGACUGACCUCAGAUCUGUCCCAAAGAGCAGUAAUGCCAUGCCUCUCCUACAGCAGUGAUCUCCCUUGUCUCUCUCUUGUGUUCCAUACUACGUCAUGUGAUCCAACGGUGUUCAAUACAUUCGGAGAGUUACGAGUUCUGUUCUGUGCGCUGAUACUGAUGACCUGUCAUCCAAUGGGUUCAUUAAGGCUCUUAUAUCCAUAUGGGCGUGUAUCAAAAAUGUCACAUGACUCCCUGUCCCAUGUGUCCUUCCCUUCAUCCUGCACUGAUGUGACCUGAAACAGGUGGCUUCCAUUUCCUGGUUGUGAUGUAGCCCGGAACUCCUGUGUCACAUGACCACAGUCUCACUAACAUCCAAAAGGAACUGUGCGCAGAAUAAAAAAAAAUGAUGCAAAAUGUCACUGAUGUAUUAAACUGGUGCAUUCAAAAGGUUUGAGAAACACAGAGAAUCUCUGGGGUUUCCAUGUUUGUGUUGUUGUAUGUGGCAGGGUUAAAUUGCAGGAUAGAACCUGAGUCUCCCAGUGAAGCUGAAUGUAUGUAGUGCCACCGACAAAAUGUUUACCAAAACUCCACUUUUCAUUCAAUAAACUUUAAUGUGUGUGAUUUUAA